CGUACAAUGCGAGAACCUACAAUGUGUGUGCAACGCCUGCCUGCAUCGAACGAGCACUGCUUAUCAAAGACUCCCUGAAUAUUUCCAUUGACCCAUGCACUGAUUUCUACUCAUACGCCUGCGGCGGCUGGAUGUCAAAGCACAACAUACCAGAGAGCGAAUCUACAACGAGCAGUUUCUUCCUGCUUGACGACAAACUACGGGAAACGCUUCGAGACAUCUUAGGAAACGCGACAGUUGUUGAGGAGGGUCAGACUGCAACGGACAAAGCUGUUGUCGUCUACAAUGCUUGCAUGGCUGUUCCUCGUCUCGAAGACCGACGUGAUGUCAUCCUUGCUAUAAUGAAUGCUUCUGGGCUCUCUCAGUGGCCUCUAACUUAUCAGCCCAAAGAUCAGAAGGCCAACGCUGAAGACGUCCUUGUCCAGACUGGAAUUGCUACAGUACUUUCAGUUGGUGUUUCAAGGAAUUUGCGGAAUCUUAGUUCUUACUCCGUUCAGCUGGAUCAGCCAGAUUUCACGACGAUCGGCAGAAACGAGAUCAUCAAUCAAACCACGGACUAUAGCAUGCCGAUCAUUAAAGCCUACAAGGAUGUAAUUGAAGUGGCGCUGAAGUUCAUGAAGCCCAACCUUACUGACGCAAAACUAGCCGUGCUUUCCGACAAACUCCUAGACUUUGAGGGAAAAUUGGCCAACCUGACGGCUCCUCCUGAAGAAAGGCGAGAUUUGCUGGAGAUUUAUCACAGAACCACCAUAGACGAACUGGAGAGAAAUUUUUCAAACAUUCCUAUCCGCGCUUUGUUGCAAAAGCAGUUUGACAAUGUAAACAUCACAUUAGCUCACAACGAGACUGUAGAACUAUUCGCUCUGAAAUAUUACGAAAAACUGAAUGAAUUUCUGCGACGUUCUGACGUUGACACCUUGUACAACUACGCCGGUUUGCGUCGCAUGCUGAGAUGGGCCGCGACCGUAUCGCGCGAAUUUCGAGAAGUUUCCUUCAAGCUUCGCAAAGUAAAAGAAGGUGUGCAGGUUGAGAGGCCGAGGUGGCAAAUUUGCGUCGAUGAGGUGAACGAUGAUAUGCCAGAUAUCGUGGGCAAACUAUAUGUGGAGCGCAAGUUCAGCCCAGAGGCCAAGAAAGAGGUUCAAGACCUUGUCAGAAGGCUUAUGGCUGUCUUUAAUGAAUCUUUGCAAAGGUUUCAAUGGAUGGACAAGACUACAAGAGAGGCGGCAGAGGCAAAGUUGACGAAAAUGGCGACCAAAAUUGGAUAUCCUGACUGGCUUUUCAACACGACAUACAUUGAAGAACUUUACAAAUUUGUACCAAAACUGUUGCUCAAUGGCUCUUACGGGGCAAUGAUGUACGCAUUGUCGCGAAACCAUUGGAAACAGGAAAUGCUAAAGUUACGACGGCCGUACAACAGGGAUGCCGCGUGGCAAGUCGGCCCCGCCGUUGUCAAUGCUUUCUACAGCCCGAAUGCCAACGAAAUGAUGUUCCCUUCCGGUAUCCUGCAAGGGGUCUUCUAUGAGCAUGGCCUUCCACGUUCCAUCAACUUCGGAGCUAUUGGCACGGUGGUUGGUCACGAAAUGACACAUGGUUUCGACGACACAGGAAGCCAGUUCGACGCAGAUGGUGCUCUGAAACAAUGGUGGACCAAGCAUACCCGCACUGAGUUCAUGGAGAGGACCAAAUGUUUCGUGUAUGAAUACGGAAAUAUCACUGACAUGCAAGUGAACAUGACGCUUAAUGGCAAAAACACCGUGGGCGAGAACAUUGCGGACAACGGUGGACUACGUUUGGCUUUCGAGGCCUAUAAAAGACUCCUGGAAGUAGAAUACAAAAACAUAGACACUCGACUAAAGGGCUUGGAAGAGUUCUCUGGGGAGCAGCUGUUCUUCAUUGCAAACGCAAUGGUAAUGUGCACCUUGAGCCGUCCUGAGUAUGUAAAAGAGCAAAUUCAGUAUGACCCACACAGCCCAAGUCAAUACAGCGUCAACGUACCAAUUUCAAACCUGGCAGACUUCUCCAAUACGUUCAACUGCCCAGCGAAUUCAACUAUGAACCGGAAAGACCGCUGCACUUUCUGGUGAGGGGUAGUCACAGAGGACGAGAAAACAAGACUGCGGUGUGCAAUUUUUGCGAUAUUUCAUAUUUACUCGGAACACGCGCCAACCGACCCAUUAUUACAAUAAAGUACAUUGGAA